UUACUCUAUAUUAAAAUGGCUUUCUGAUAAGAAAUGACUCUAACAUUGAAACGGAAAUGACUGUUAAAAUGAAACAUAAGCAGGAAGGUUGUGCAGGGCUGCUGUAUGAGCAGGUGGACGAGCUCACCUGUGUUCUCACAUAUAAGACAGAGAGAAGGACAAGCACUCUCAGUUUCUCCAAAAACAUGAAGCUCCUCAUCCUGCUGUCCAUCUGCUCCUGCCUGGCGUUGAACGCCUGUGCUCAGCCGACUCCCUGCGUGUCUCCACCUUUUAUGACGGGGAAUGCCUAUAUGCACACUGAGAUCGGUGCCAUCACGACUUCAGGUACUUUUGAUUAUGAUGCACUGGGUCAGCAAAUUCGCAUCAGGAGCUCUGGGAGUAGCCCCAGCGGCGCAUUUUCUGUGGAUCUGCUGAUGCAGUUCCAGCAGAAAGUGGCUUACGAGAUUGACUAUUCGGAACGCACCUGUAAGAAGGUGGCACUAGACGCUCCCUUCAAUCCCAUCCAGAUUCCACCCGGUUCUUUCCCUGUGGCUCAGACAGUUCUCGGGACCAGCUCAGUGGCUGGAAUGGGGCUGCUGGCCAACACAUGGUAUGGAGAGAUCCCGGAGAUACAGGCCAUGUACACACUGGUCUUCUCAGACAAUGCCUGUGUGCCACUCAGUGGGACGUACUACUCUCCAGAGACAGGAACAAUUAUUAUAAGCUUCUAUAACAUCUUGCUUGGUGUCCGGGACCCCAUGGACUUCAUCCCUCCCUAUUUCUGUCAAACAGAGGAUCUGAAGAAAGUGGAAGACUUACCCAAGACCAACUGUUUCAGGCUCAUUUCCUCUGUCAAUAAACAGUUUUAAGGGGCCGUAUCAGGGAAAACUAAAUUUGCCUUACUUUUUUGGAAAUAAAUUAGUUUGAUGUUCUAUGUAAGCACUGGGCCUCAAUUACCAACUGUUCUUAAUAAGAAAUUUCUUCUUAAAACCCACUUUUUACAAAGAUUCUGACAUUCACCAAUGUUUCCUUAUUUGGAAUCUUAAGUCAAAAGACAACCUACACCUCUCAAGGGCACAAAAUUAACAAUAAUUCUGUUUAAAAACGUCACAAAUCUGACAUAGACUUUCGUAGGACCUUUCUCAAGAACAAAUUUAAGAAAAAAACUUGGUGAAUGAGGCCUGUUGUUAGUUUCAAAAUGUACCGUUCACUCCCCAGUUCAUACAGUCCAUAUAUGGAAAUUAAAUUGCAAUAACAGCCCAUUUUGAAUUCAUUAACUUUGUCACAAAACCCAAUGCCCUUACAUACACCCAGCUGUUUAGCUCACAGAAGUUUAGCCCUGCCCACUCACACUGAAGUUACAAAGUGCAUUUCAGCAUGAACCAUUUCCAUCAUCACCACCAUCAUAGGGUUGCAGAAGCAUUUAGGGGAGAAUCCCAGACGACCCUGUCUCUCCUAACUUCCUCCGGCUCAUUCCGAGGGACCAUGAGCCGCACCCGGGCCAACUUGGAGAAAUAACCCCUCCAGCAGGUCCUAGGACGACCUCAGGGCCUCGUCCCAGCAGGUCGUGGCAGCUAAACCUCCACCGGGAGGCGCCCAGGGGCCAAACCAGGACUUAUUUAAAGAGUAAUGUUCUAUUAGAGUUAAGGAUUAAUAUAACUACAAGCAAAGCAGUUAUUCCCCUUUGACAACAAAAAAUAAAGCAAUCAACUAAAA